GCCAAACUUCAGUUGUAUACGAAGCGCAGCUUGUAGAAGCAUCGAAGCUUCAGAGAACACACUGCUACGGUACUACGCUACGGCAUGGAUCGUAUCGCACUUCUCCUACUACUAUUGCAGGGUUCGUUGGUCGUCGCCAGUCCCGACUAUGGAAUAGCGGACAGCGUCAUCGGUACCGCGCAGAUACUGUCCGGUGUGAACGACGCUUCCACCUACCUAGACACGCUGGCGGCAGGACAACUGGUGUCUGCCACAAUCUCGGCCGAUGAUCCGGUGUCAGCCGUGUUCGGUUUGCCGCGCAUCGUGCAGAUUCUACAGCAAACCGGCACCUCCGUCUCGCAGGAUGGUGACCGCAUCGUGACCGCUCUUACAACUCUCACCGAGAGCAGCUCGGGCGAUCCGGCCGCACUGUUUGAUGCCGCUCUCUCGAGCAUCCAGGACGCGCUGACCCACAUCACAGAGCGGCUACCGGCGACGGCAUCUAGCCUGUCCGCCAUCAUCGGUAGCAACGUGCCCGAUCGGCUGGCGGAUAGUUUCGGGCGGAUAGAGACCGCGCUGCAGACGCUGAAGACGCAGCUCGGAACGCUCAAGUCAUCCAUCCUGGCUGCGGUAGCGGAGGCCGGAUCACCCGUCUCCAUCCCGAUGGAAAUCCUCAACAAGCACAUCACGGCGAAAAAGGUGUACAGUGUGCUGCAGACCGUACGGAACCUGCGUGCCUUUCUGCCGGUGGUACGGUACACGCUCAACACCUCCAUCGAAGAUGCGGUCGUGGCUGACAGCUACCUGCAAGCGUACGCCUCCAUGCUAGCGUCGCUCGAUGGCCUGGUAACGAUGCUGCUGCAAUCGCUCAACGCCGCCGGGCAGAGCUUCUACGGUACGGUAAAGACCGGUAUCGAAUCACUGGAAGCCACCUAUAUUAGCAUGAAGGAAUCGACUCUAGCCCUGCCAAUAAAUGAAGUGCCAGAGCUGGGAGCAGCGAUCGUGUCCAUGCUGAACAAAUUCACCACCACGCUGGCAGAUACGCAGACCAGCGUUCUCUCGGUUGCGACCGAACUGCAGAGCUACCUGAACGCCAUCAGGACGAUGGUUACGAUCACCGAUCCGGAGGUGAUCUCCAUCAGCGAAAGCAAGCUGAUCGCUGCACUGAUCAAAACGCUCAUCGCCAGCGGUCCGUACUCGCGCUUCUGCUUCAACAAGUACAGGGCGCAGGUGAGCGAUCUUGCCAACUACCUGCUCGACGAGUUGACCGUGUGCGUCGAGCGUGAGGUGCCGCGGUUGGCAAAACUGGCCGCCUCCGUACAGACCGUGCUCGAGGUGAACGUGUUCGACUUCGAGGACAUCUUCGACUGGCUGACUAUAUGCGACGGUAUACAGGAGCCGUCCGACCGGACCGCGUGCGUCACACGGAUUUCGCAGUCGUAUACGCCGCUGGGAGACAACUUUGCCGACAAGUACGAUCUGGUGUUCGAUCUGACGACGAGCGAGCUGAACGCGAGCAAACAGCGGGUCAAAAUCUGCAACAAUCUGUCCAGGCGCUGGCUGGCGGAUGGAUACAUUCCCGAUCUGCAGACCGACAUCGAGCAGUGCGCACUGAAGGGUCCGAACGAAUAGCCACUACCAUAGCAAUGAUAAUAAAUGCAAUAAUGAUCACCAGUAGACGUAA